CGCCAUCACAGGAGCGACCAGAGCUUUGGUUUGUCACGCGCGGUAGGAAAUUUGGGCCAAGCGCCCGCAUCCCCAAGCCGAUGAGCUCAGAAUCAAAUUUCAACACAGUUUGACAGUAUGGAAACCACCGCCUUGUGCUACUUUCAUGGCUGCACGAGCAAGCCAAUGGAAGGCUCGGUCAAGUGCCACUUCCACCGCAACCGCGGCCUUUGCCGCAUCAGCAACUGCCGCAACCAAGUCUAUGCGCGGAGUCUCUGUGUGCGCCACGGUGGCCGCCACCCGUGCGCACACCCCGGGUGCUCAACCAACGCGCGUCUUGGCGACUUUUGCUGCCGCCACAGCAAACACAAGAAGCUCUGCCACCACCCCGGCUGCACCAAAGUGAUCCAGAUCCACAACCGGUGCAUUCGCCACGGCGGUAGCAAGCACUGCCUGUACCCGGGCUGCGCGACGCCUGCGCGGGCUGGUGGUCACUGCUGGCGCCACCGCAUGUACAUCAAGCGCGAGAACGCACCGACAUCGCCCUCGGACAGCACCAACCAAGGCUGUUGCAGCGACGUGGCCAUGAGCGACGUGGCCAUGAGCGACGAUGGUACGAGCUCCGAGAUGGCGCUGCCCCUAUCGGGCGAUGACUUGGAUGCGUCCAUCUUGGACGUGUUGCUUACUUGCGGUGACAUGAGCUGGAGCCACGCCGACGGCGCAUCGUUCGUGCUAUGACGGGUCACCCGAUGCACUUAUUUAGUCACGUUAUUGCGUUCGUAAACCGCCCGUCAUCCUUGUACAGUACACUAAGAAACACCAAUAAGACCUUCAUGUUGACGUCCA